AUUUAUGUGAAAUUGUGUAUUUGUUAGUGCAUUUGGACAAUGAAUAGUGAAAUACCUACACUUUGUUGACUAUGACUUAAUACCGUGUUGAAUAGUGAAAAUGCAUCAUUUGUAUCCCUUGGCUAAGGGAGAUGCUCUGUGCCCUUUGGGAUUCCAUCCUCAAGUAAGGUGGCCCACGCGCUGCAAAAGAUGCUUUAGGGAUUACAAAGAACACGGUGGUCGGAAAAGGGAUGAUGAUUUCACUGCAUCCACCCCCAGUCUCUCUUACUCGCCAGCGUCACGAGGCCGUGAUGAAGAUAAUGGAACAGAGGGAGAGAGAACUGGCCGAGGCUGGUCUUCAAGCGUUAACCUCAGUUACAACGAACCUGCUAAGAAGGACACUUCCACGGGGUCAAGCAAACCCGGAUUGUGGACAUCCACGCCUGACUUAGCAAACGAAGCAGAGACUGCAACAGCUGUCACUGUUAACCUUAAACUGCCGAAGCGAAGGUCCACGGGACCACUACCUUCGUUGGACACAGGACAAGGAAAUGCUACGCAAAUAUAUGAAUCAGUAACUGUACGCCGACCAUCGCCGUCACCCUCACCGGCUCCGGCGGCACCGGCCACUCAGAUCACAAUCAACAAAAAUGACUCAUUGGCAGAACGUGUGAGAAAGAUGCAGUUAAUGAAAGCACAAAACAGUUUCGAGAAAGAAUCAAGUACAGAAAAGGAACGCGAAAGAAGAAGUGCUUCUAGAAGUAAAGAAGAAGAAAGGAGUGCUCGGGCUAAAGAAGAAAAAGCAACUGUUAAAGAUGAUGUUAAUUUUAUGAUGCAGGUUAAAAGUAGUCGCAAUGCACUCUCCAAACCGCCAAAACGUGGAGGACCAACUCGCGAAAAAGAAGAAACCUCGGAUGACGAACAUAGUCUUACUGGUACAGCCACAACAGACACAGAAACCACACUAAUUGAUGCUAAUGUUAAGGAAUAUCAGGACCAAAUUGAGAGCCUAAAACAAGAGUUAGAUCUUCUUAAGAAACGUUGUGAGCGAGUUGAAAAAGAAAAAAGUGACAUCCUACUUAGAAGGUUAGCAAACAUCGACACGGUAAAUAAAUAUUCUAUUGGGCGAUCUUCAGAAGUUUUAAAGCUACAACAGAAGGUCAAUGACCUAACAACUCAGAACGAGGAUUUGAAAGACGAGAAGAUACAUUUGUCGCUUAGGAUUAAAGAGGUUGAGACGGAACUUGAGUCAAGACCAUCAGCUGAGGCACAGACACGGCAAAUCGAACAGUUAAGGGCGAAAUUGAUUGCCGCAGAAACAUUAUGUGAGGAACUUAUGGACGAAAACGAAGAUAUGAAGAAAGAACUCCGGGAUCUUGAGGAAGAAAUUGAAGAGAUGCAAGACAAUUUUAGGGAAGAUCAAGCAGACGAAUAUACCUCACUUAGACGUGAGUUGGAGCAAACGAUCAAGAAUUGCAGAGUUUUAUCAUUCAAAUUAAAGAAAACAGAAAGAAGAAAUGAACAAUUGGAACAAGAGAAAGUUGAUCAGGAGAAAAAAUUAUUAGAGAUUGUCGGCGGUAAAGAUGGCUUACAACGUGAAAACCGUAUCAAAGAGCUGGAACAGGAAGUGUCGCGUUCCAACGAAGUAGCCUUAAGGCUUCAGCGGGAAUUAGCUGAAGCGAACACCAAACUCGUCGCUGCCUCGGGCGCUCCACCAGCCAAUCUCAAAAAGCAACCUAUUAGUGACGGACAAAAAGUGUCUCGGUCAUCUUUAACCCGAGGAGGCAGUCAAGAGGACCCGGCUCAAUUAUUACGCGAUUUACAAGACUCACUAGAAAGAGAGGCAGAUUUGAGAGAGCAACUACGCAACGCAGAAGAAGAGGGUUUUAAUCACCGCUUCAAAGGCAGCAUGACCGCUCAACCGAAGGCAUCAUCACAUCAUUCUAUUAACCGAACUGCCAAUGAUAAACAAUACUUUCUAGAUUUUCAUGAACUAGAAAAUAAAUUAGGGACCUUAGAUUUUAGUAGAUUACUAUCAAUUGGUGUAAAUCAAACUAUCCAAUGUCCUCAAGAUGCAGUUCUGAGUUAUUCAGAAGGGUGUCAAACAGAAACCUUAAUGGUACAUGAUGUUGAAACCGAUACUGCUAAGAUAUGUCUUGAUUCGUGUAUACAAAGCGAUAAUAAUACAUUGGAAACGUCAACUCAAACUGAGAAAAAGUUCUCUAAAAAUAAAGGUUUGCAGACUGAAACUAUCGGAGCAAAUGUAAUAACGCAAACUGAAAAACCUAAGCAUAAUAGUACUGGAGUUCAGACGACUAAACUAAUUAACGAUAAGUUCGUUGAAACCAUAUCAAAUCUAAAAGUACGUAAUGAUUCAGAAUGCUUUAAUAAAGAAACGCAAACAGAAAUAUUUGACAAUAGGGAAAAAUCAGAUAGUCCUCCCUUAUCAGCCGAAAAAUCAUCUUCAACCGUUCAUGUGCCCUUUUCUCUUGCAUUGUUUAAUCCAUUGGCAGCGAGGUUACCAAUUGUAGGUCGUAAAUUAUCACCAACAGCCCCAACAAACAGACUCGCAAUUGAAGCCCCCAACGAGAAAGAUGAAGGUAUAUCUGAUGAAGAAGAUCCAGCAGAGUUACGUCUCUUGCUUGAACUUAAUGAACAGGAAGCCGCCGUAUUACGCAAAAAAGUUGAAGAUUUGGAAUUAAACAAGGAAUCGUUGAAAAAACAAGUUAAAGAGCUUACGGAAAAAAUCUCAAAUGCGGCGACAAAAACAAAUGCCAACACCGGUGCUGCAUUACGUCGAACAACGAAUAAAGGCAAUUUAGCGGAAGAAAAAGUUAAAGUACUAGAAGAUGAAAUCGCUGAACUUAGAAAUAAACUUAUCGAAAAGGAAAGGGACUGUGAAAGAUUACAUGCAGAGUUGAGUCUUGCUCAGAAAAAACCUAAGGCAUUAUUGAAUAAGAGCAAGUCACUCGAUGGAGAUCAACAAAAUGUCGAUCUUAAACGGCAACUGCAAGUUAUCGAGCAAGAGGCAAGCGUAUUAAGAACUAAAACGCAGAAUCUCGAGGCCGAUAACGAGAAACUGCAAACAGAGAAUAACAGACUGCAGUUGCUUAAAGGGGCAAAGUCAUUAAAAACAGAUAAAUCGCUAGAAGUAACAACAACAAAAGUCACUCAACUUGAAACGGAACUAAGGGAAGCUCUAGCAAAAAUAAAAGAACUAGAAACGACAAAGGAUGAAAAAUCUGAAAAGAAAGUACGAUUUAGCAGUGAAGUGUCUAAAAAGGAAGCUGACAAUCUUAAAUUGAAACAAGAGGAAUUAGACAAAUUAAAAUUAAGUUACAAUAAGCUUGAUAAAGAAAAAGUCAAACUCCAAACGACACUUAAGGAAUUAAAGGAAGAUUCAAUUAAGACUUUCAAACCAAGAACACCGAAAAAAGUGACAGAUUUAACAACUAAACUACAGUUGAAGAGAAUGGUUGAUGAUUUGGAAAGUGAAAUAGGUGAACUAUACGUAGUUAUGAAAAAUGCUGGAUUAUCAGGAUCACUAGAUAAUAAAAAUACAACUAAAAAUAUAGAAGAAAUAAAAGAAAAAUUAUCCAAAAAAGAAGCAGAGUUUACGAAUGAAAAGAAUCGUUUGCAAACCGAAAUAAGCAAAUUAAAAGAGUUCAAUCUUAAAAUUGAAACUGAAAAGAAAUCGUUUGCAGAAAAAGUUAAAAGCCUCGAGUCUGAAUAUAAAACUACACUUGCUGAAUGCAAAUCUUUAAAGGACGAAAAGAAAAAUUUGGAUGCCCAGAUCACGAAAUUGACUGCUGAAAUGAAAAAGAAUAACUCGCAACAAACUGCAGUUUCUGACUGUAUGAAGAAAAUAGAAGAGUUGAAAAAGGAAUUAGACGUUAAGGAUAAAGAAAUAGAUAAAUUGAAAAAGCAUGCCGAAAGUUUAUCUAAAGUGGAACAAGAUAAGAAUAAGUUGUUAAAAGAGGUCGGUGACAAAACCAAAAAGCUAACAGAAUUGGAGAAGAAACUUAAAGAUGCUGAAGAUAAAUGCAAAAGAACCGAAAAGCUCUUGGCUACUCGCAAGGAUCGUGUUAGUAAAUUAGAAAAAGAGCUCUCAGAAGAUAAGGAUCUCAUAGAAGAAUUAAAAGAUUCAAAAAGACGAUUGUCAUUUGAAUUAACAGGCGAUAAAGAUGAAAUACAAACGAAACUUUUUAAAUCCGAAAGCAAGCUCGUAACUUUAGAAACCGAAAUGAAGGAAUUAAAAGCAGAUUAUGAAAAUAAAAUAACAAAUUUAGAAUCAACUAUAGCCGCCAAAGAUAUUCACAUAAAGCAACUGGAAGACGCCUUACGUGACACAUCUAAUCAGAAAUACGACGAGGCAGUUUCAUCUGUUGAACUGGCCCAAAUGCAAAAUAAAUAUGAGAAAGCCGCUAGUCAAUUGAAAGAAAAGGAAGAAGAAUUAAAAACAACCAAAGAAGAUCUAUCGAAAGUUGAGAAAGAGUUGAGUGCAUUGAAAACUGAAAUUGCUCAGGUUAAAUCUACAAUUAGUAAAACGGAGAAUGAUAAAAAAGAUCUUGAAGAUAAAUUGAAAUCAGAACAAAAGGACUCGAAAUACUGGGAAAGUAAGGCGUCCGAAAUUGACACUGACUUACAGGCUGAAAGGAAGAAAGUUGAGAGAAUGAGAUUAUCUCACGAUAAAGAUACGAAGAAUAAGGAAGCGGAACUGGCAACACUUAAAGGAAAAUUAAAACUUCUAGAACAGUCUUCAGGUGCAGGUGCAAAGAGAAUAUCAGAACUUAAACAAGAACACGAGGACGCUGUCAAAAAAUUGGCACAUAAUCUAGCGGUUGAAAAGGCAGAGUACGAAGAAUUGACCGUUAAAUAUGAACUGUUAGAAGAAGAACACGUAGUAACAAAAGCUAGAUUGACCGUUGAGAAGGAACAAGCUCAAGGAGACCUAUUACAUAUACAAAAAGAGUUGAAUGAAACGCUUGCUCAGCUCAAGUCGUUAAAAGAAAGCUGCGCCACACAAACAUCGACUUGGAGUAAUGAAAAAGCAGAACUUCAAAGAGAAAUAUCAUCUCUCCAAGAGCGUUUAUGUGGAGGUGGCUGGGAAGUUGAGAAAGCACGACUCAAUACAAAAUUAGAAAAGUUACAACGGGAGCUACGAGAGUCAGUUAAAAACCAUGAAGCAGUAGUACAUCAUCAUGACCUCGUGAAGAAAGAGCUGGAUGAGGCAAAACGAAAACUAGAGGAUUACGAGAAAGUAAGCAAAGUGCAAAGGACGCUGACAGCUGAUAAUGCAGAAUUAGAAAGAGAAAUGGCAACACUCAACAGCAGACUUGAACAGAUGGAGAAGGCAAGAAGGAAUGAAAUUUCAGAAACUAAGAUGAGGUAUGAAGAACAAAUGAACACGAUGCGUGAGGAACUAAAAUCUCUACAUAAUCAGGUAUCAAGAUUCAAACGGGAAAGAGAUAAUUACAAACAAAUGUUAGAUUCUGCUCAGAAAACGAUGUCAGAUAUGAAGAAUGGAAAUAAAUCAAAAACACCACGCAACUCAAUAUCAAGCACAGAUGAUGAGGAAUUCCGCAACAAAGUGGCGACAUUGGAGCAACAAGUGGCGUGUUUGGAAGACGAGCUAUGUGAAGCCAGACUGCUCUCUUCAAAGCUAAAUACAGAAUUGAUUAGUGAACGAUCUUCCGCGGAAGUGCGUUUAGCCGAGAUGCAAUCACGUCUUAACGAGUACGAAGAAGAUAGACUACUAUCAUCCGGGCGUGCCCGGGUGGCAGGAAUGGCGACUCGUAUGGAGCUGGCCUGGCACAAGGAGAGAGAUGAACAACAGAGGCUAUUGCAGGAGACUUCUACACUUGCCCGGGACUUGCGACAGACGCUGUUUGAGCUCGAGCGAGAGAGAGAGAAAGAGAGACUAGAUAUGAAGAGGAGAAUCGAUCAGAUCAAACGAACCACCGAAGAAGAGACUGAAGAAGCUAAGAAAAAGGUAGCAGAAUUACAGUGCGAUUUAUUAGAUCUUCGGGAUGCGCACGCAAAACUGCGUACGGCCAAUGAAAAAUUGCGACGAGAUAAAGAGAGACAUGACAGAGAUCGGGACCAAAAUAAACUGCUUGUGGGGUCACUUAAACGUGCACAACAGGAAGAUGACCGUGUGGUGACACAACUUUUGGAAGCAAUAGAUGAGCUGAUCAAACAGAGUCCGGACUUAUUCAAAACUGAAACACCUAUCAGACCAGAGAAGAGUCUAGCGACACCAACGCCACCUAGAAGGAAUAGGUCAUCAAAGUCAAGAUCCCGUUCUGCAACUCCUGAGCAAUCAGCGGCUGUAACCAAUGGAUCGACAGGUGUGCGUCUGCGCAUGCUGGCUGACGAGUUACGAGCCUCACGCAUCGCAGAACGACAGAGAAGACAAACCACUUCGAGACGUGCUAUGUCAACGGAGCCGCGAGAGACUAUGACGGUUACGGCAUCGAGAACUCCCUCGCGAGUACCCUCACUGAAAAAACGGUCUAUUUCAUUAGAACAAACGACUAAAGAACAGUCUUCUAUAUGGAAAUCGGUGGAUGAUAGCAGCGUAUCUUCUAUGCAAUCGUUGGACGGCGAUGACAGAUUAUUCACUAUGCAACGCGAUACUAGUUUGGACAGUCGUCUAUCGGGUGGCUCAGCCCAGAGUGAGGUUCUUCCAUCAGAAAAGAAGAAGAAAAAGAGUAUAUUUGGCAAAUUGAAGAAGCUCACUAAAUCUCGUUCUAUCGACGAUCAUGUGGAGGAGGUGGAAUUUAGACCGAUAGGGAAUGUCUCACAGCAAGGUUCCGAUUCCGAUAUGAGUGCGACUGGAAGCAAGCAGAACUUGCGCGGGAGACUUUCCGAUAUGUUCAGUAGAAAACAAGUGUCGCGUGGAAACAGCAAGGAACAAAGUCCAGACACGGGUUCCACCAGCGGGUCACGCUCCAUUCUACGCAACGCGAGUUCAUCCACACUGCCUCGAUCAACAGUCACGAGUGAAAUGCGAGCAUCGAGCGCAACGCCCGGUACGAAGAGAAAAGGAAAAUAACUAAACAAUUUUUUAUUUAGCUUCAUUAUAUUAUCCACCCUAUUCCACAUAGCUGUAAUAUCACAUACAUAUCAAGAUUGGAGAUUCAUUAUCUUACGGACUAUCAACUAAAACACCUGAACGUCGUUUGUGACCCUUUGUUUUGUAUUUACCUAUUUAUAAAUAAAUGUUGAUUGAAAAAAUGGU